AUUUCUGAUGGUUUUAGUGCCAAGUAUGGCCUGGCGGUCGUCGGCCAUCUUCUUGACACGCACGGCAAAGACGUCAACCUUGGGCAAGACACUGGCUGCGCAUUCAGUAAAACCGUCAACUCCAGCCCCCUCCUUGGCGACAAGGCACGCAAGUACAAUCUGAAGAUAUGCGUCAACGCCUUCCACGGGUACGCACAUAGUCGGCUAUGCCAGCUGAGCUUCCAUCCCCUUUACCUCCCUGGCGCCGGCCUCUCGGACCUCGAGGUCAUGGAGCGUGUUUUCUCAUCCUCAAACUCCACCGCCCGCAUCAACCGUUACGCGUCGCCAUUCCAUUUUCUUCAAAGUCUCGACCUUCAUUUUCAGCAGUGGGAUGAGGAUCGUUAUGGUGACCUCAGUACCUUUCUAUAUCAGAAAUACCGCCAGGCGAUCACCAUUAUCGCCGACUACACGCCAGCUGUCAAGGAACUAUGUAGUCGCUUGGCGAUCACAGAGUCCGACAUCAACACGUGGCCCGAGUGCGAGCGCUCGUUUUUGAUGAGCCUCAAGGAAGAACCCGAUGAACGUAAGCUUAGCGCUGCGUACGUUCGAGCCCUC